UCCCAGCUCCCGGCACAGAGCUCUCAUGAUGCUCUGGGUGAUUCUCCUCUGUACCUUGGUGUCAUCGCUGCUCGGUGGGCUCUAUGUCCUGGGUGUGUUUCGGAGACGGAGACCUGAUGAGCCGCCCCUGGAAAAAGGUACCAUUCCCUGGCUGGGCUAUCUGCUGGAAUUCAGAAAGGAUAGCUCAGAGUUUCUCAAAAGGAUGCAGAGGAAGCAUGGGGAUGUUUUCACAGUGCUGAUCGGUGGCUAUUACUUCACUUUUGUGAUGGAUCCCUUCUGCUUUGGCACCAUUGUGAAGGAAUCGCGAUCCAAACUGGACUUUAGGACUAAUGCAGCUCGGCUGGUUGUGCAGGUUUUUGGCUACAAGCCCACUGAAGCCACUCUAAACAUAGUUCAUGCAUCGAGCACAAAGCACCUGAUGGGAGAUGGCCUCACUGUCCUCAUACAAGCCACCAUGGAGAGCUUUCGGAAGCUGCUGCUUUUCAACCUGAGCUCAGGAGAGAAGAGAGUGUGGCAGGAGGAAAAGCUCUUCCACUACUGCUACAACAUUGUCUUCAGAGCUGGCUAUCUGGCUCUGUAUGGCACCGAGCCACCCCGACGGGCAGGGAACAAGGACAAAGCUGAAGAGCAGGAUCGCCUCCACUCCAAUCAGCUCUUCCAGGAGUUUCAGAAGUACGACCGCCUCUUCCCUCACCUGGCCUAUGCUCUGAUGCCUCCCAAGGACAAAAGAGAAGCUGAGCGGCUUAAGAGACACUUCUGGAACAUGCUGUCUGUGAAGAAGGUCUGGCAGAAGGACAAUAUCAGUGGCUGGAUAAGUGAUCAAGACCAACUUCUGGCUGAAAAUGGUGUCCCCGAGUACAUGCGGGCUCGUUUCAUGUUCAUGCUGCUCUGGGCAUCCCAAGGCAACACGGGCCCAACUGCCUUCUGGCUCCUCUUGUAUCUGCUGAAACAUCCAGAGGCUCUGAAGGCUGUGAGAGAUGAGGUGGAUAAAGUCUCCAGGGACAGUGGGCAGGAAAUAAAGGCAGGGAGCCCCCCAGUUACUGUCACUAGGGACAUGCUGAACCAGACUCCUCUGCUGGACAGUGCUCUGGAGGAGACCCUGAGGCUGGUGGCAGCCCCAAUGCUGGUCAGAGCUGUCCUCGAGGACACCUGUCUGACAACAAGCAGUGGGACAGCGUUCACCCUCCGCAAAGGAGACAGGGUGGCUCUGUUCCCACACAUCUCUGUGCAGAUGAACCCAGAAAUCCACGAGGAGCCUCACAAAUUUAAAUACGACCGUUUUGUAAACCCAGAUGGCACCAGGAAAGAUUUCUACAGAAAUGGGAAAAAGCUGAAAUUUGUCAGCAUGCCUUGGGGGGCAGGAGUUUCUACCUGUCCUGGGCGGUUCUUUGCUACUGCUGAAAUGAAAUUGUUUGUGUUCUUGAUGCUGAGUCACUUUGAACUGGAGCUGGUCAAUGAGGAGGAGGAGAUCCCAGCCAUAGAUAUCAGCCGCUGGGGGUUUGGGACGAUGCAGCCUGUCCACGACGUUCAGUUCAGAUACCGGCCACGCUUUUAACCUGAGGAGUCCUGGUGGUGUUUAUUCUGGCGUCACCUAUGGGACAGAUUGUCUGAUCCCAUGGUUAUCAGAUCAGUGCAGUGCCAUCAUUGAUAUGAUCUUGUUUGCUCAAUAUUUAUCAUGGCUUUUGUUUUUAUCUCCUCCUCAUGUGCUGCUGCUGUGUUGUUGUCUUGGUUGUGGGAUAGAAGUUAAUCUGCACAAAGACAAAACGUGUCCUGCCAGGCUAAUCCCAACCCCAUCCUGGGGGCCAUCAGCCCUUUGAAAGCCAAUAGGAGCACAGGAUCAGACUGGGAGGUGGAAACCCAAAUUCGGGGCUUCCAAGGAACAAGGUUUUAUCCAGGUUCCUCCCAGGGCUGCCCCAGCAGAGCAUCAGGUCCCAGCAUGACUCCCAUGGAGAUGUGUCAUCAGGAACAGCUCUCUAGAUCACUACCUGGCAUAAAGGGGGUUGUGUCAAGGCAGGGGAACAUCCUAUGGUGUGUAGGGGAAUUUUGGGACUGCAUAGAACUUAGGAGUGUUUGGGGGAGGAACCAAAGGGGGAUAAAGGAGGGAUUUUGUCACCCUGAAAAUUAAACCUUCUGAUCUUGUUUUCAUAGUUUCUAGCCACUUUCCCAGGAAAGUAACUAUAAACAUAAAUGUGUAUACAUCAUCAGUCCAAGAAACAUCUUUUGGUGGACGUUUCACGCUACCAGUGUGAUUGGGAAGGUGGUAACCUGACUCUCCAAUCCCUGGUCAUUGUCAAGAAUCUAUAAAUAUUGAAGUCGCAAAAAUAAAAUCAUCCUUGUACAUACAUUGAACCAUGUCUGUGUGAA